CUAUUAAUUAAUUAUUAACAAGUAUCUAUAUCAUGGGACACAUGAGCAAAGAGCAAUCCCAAUUGUUGUCAAAGAUAGCCACCGGCAACGGUCAUGGCGAAGACUCACCUUACUUUGACGGGUGGAAGGCUUAUGAUGAAAACCCUUAUCACCCCACCAAUAAUCCUCACGGUGUUAUCCAAAUGGGUCUUGCAGAGAAUCAGUUAACUGCUGAUUUGGUUGAAGAAUGGGUGAUGAGUAACCCGGAGGCGUCCAUUUGCACACCUGAAGGAGUAACUGACUUCAAAGCCAUAGCUAACUUUCAGGAUUAUCAUGGUCUCCCUGAGUUCAGAAAAGGUGUGGCUAAAUUCAUGGCUAAAUGCAGAGGCAACAGAGUGAAGUUUGAGGCAGAGAGAAUUGUGAUGAGCGGUGGAGCCACCGGAGCACACGAGGUGACAACGUUCUGUUUGGCUGACCCCGGCGAUGCCUUCUUGGUGCCUACUCCCUACUACCCAGGCUUUGAUAGGGAUUUGAGGUGGCGAACAGGGGUACAACUCGUUCCAGUCACAUGUGAAAGCUCCAAUAAUUUCAAGUUGACAAAGCAAGCCUUGGAAGAUGCUUACGACAAAGCUCGACAAGACAACAUCAGAGUCAAAGGCUUACUCAUUACGAACCCGUCAAACCCAUUAGGCACAAUCUUGGACCGAGCCACCCUUAGAACCAUCGUCAAAUUCAUCAACGAUAAGCGCAUCCACUUAGUAUGCGACGAAAUCUACGCCGCCACGGUUUUCAGCCACCCGGGCUUCAUAAGCAUCGCUGAGAUAUUGGAGGAAGAAACAGACAUGGAAUGCGACCGUGACCUCGUUCACAUUGUUUAUAGCCUCUCCAAGGACAUGGGCUUCCCUGGUUUCAGGGUGGGGAUCAUAUAUUCCUACAACGACAAGGUUGUCCAGUGCGCACGCAAGAUGUCCAGCUUCGGAUUGGUGUCUUCACAAACUCAGCAUCUUCUGGCUUCCAUGCUCAACGACGACGAGUUUGUGGGGAGGUUCCUUGCUGAGAGUGCAAAGAGGUUGGGAGAAAGGUACAGGGUUUUCACAAAGGGAUUGGGUCAAGUUGGAAUUAAGUGUUUGCCAAGUAAUGCUGGGUUGUUCUUGUGGAUGGAUCUUCGUCGGCUUCUCAAGAAGGCAACAUUUGAGGCUGAGAUGGAGCUGUGGCGAGUCAUCAUUCACGAAGUUAAGAUCAAUGUUUCUCCCGGUGCUUCUUUUCAUUGCUCUGAGCCAGGCUGGUUCAGGGUGUGCUAUGCCAACAUGGAUGAUGAGGCUGUUAAGGUUUCUCUUCAGAGGAUUCACACCUUCGUCCUCAAGAACAAGGAUGUCGUUGUUCCUGACAAGAAGCGUUGCUGGCAAGAUAGCUUGAGGCUUAGCCUCAUCAAGAACCGAAGGUUUGAUGAUAUCAUCAUGUCACCUCACUCACCGAUCCCUCACUCGCCCCUUGUCAAUGCUACCAACUGAGUAGUCGCCCAAUUCUUUCUUCUUUUUUUUUUUUUUCACCACACCAAAUCCUGUUCCUUUAUACGGUGAAAGAAGUUUAUAGCGUUUCUAAGAUUACUUUACUUGUAUACUUAUGAGAGUCCACAACAAUAUAUUUGUAUUCUCAUUAUUAAUAAAGGUGCUAUUCUUUUUUCACUUUAA